AUGGACCUUCACAUUGGAGUGGAGACUCUGCACAAUGUUGUCCCACCCCUGCACUCACUGCUGGCGCUGCCUGUGAAGACCAAGGGCAAGAACAAACUGCUGCUGUGUCUGCCCAGCAUGUGCUUGUGCAAUGCUCCAAAAUGCCUCAUUGCCAUGUGUGACAUCACACAGCUCAUGUCCCGUGUGGAACCUUGGAACUUCCAUGAAGCCAUGGUGUCACCUGAUGCCCACCUCUGGCUCAUUGCCAUGCAGAAGGAGAUUCACUCCAUACUUGGGAAUGCCACCUGGAUGCUCUGUCUGCUGCCUGAUGGGCGCAAUCUCAUUGACUUGUGCUGGACCUUCAAGGUUAAGCUACUGGCCAGUGGUGCUGUUGACUGCCCCAAGGCAGGCUUUGUUGCCAAGGGCUACUCCCAGGUCUAA